AGAGGAUGAGAGAACGUCUCAAAACUCUGACUGGAGAUACAUCUGAAGAAGAUUAAAUCACAAUGGCCAGAUUUACAUACUUCCCUAAGGGAUAAAUGGACGUUUGAGUUUAUUGGUAUCAUCCAUUUGAGAUUUUCCCCGUAUAAAUAAACCAUGAUCUCAUUAGGGAUGGGCCAUCUUCUCCCACACACUAAUACUAAGACUAAAGACAAGACUAAGAUUACAGAUUAUGGACCAAGGUUAAUGAUGUCAUCUAUGUACACUUGCUAAGUGACCUGCUUCCUCAUUAGAUCAAUAUUACCUAAGCGACUAUAUUUGCAAUCUUAUUGGUUGAUCAUAGUUUUGACCCAUGAUGUAUCCACCUCGUGAUUUUGCUCUACAAAACUUCCGUUGAGAAGUAGGCUUGUUGGCAACCCAUUUGGGACCCCUCCUGUUUCCGUGGAGCUAUUCCUAGUCCCCAUUCCUAUUCCCCAUGGCCUCGAACUCACAAAGAUUCUCCUGCCUCAGCCUCCAGAGUGCUAGAAUUACAGGCACGCGCCACACCCGCCCGUUUUCUUUUUUACAACACGGGAAUAAUAAAGCGAGGGAUGCAGUCGGAGGCGACAACCAGUAAAACCUGUCCCUUAACCAAUGCGGACCAAAGCAAAGACUGAAAUGUGUGUCAGAGCCUACAACAGGGGCGAGAAGCUGGGGCCGAGUCUACGUUGCAGGUAGGAGGCUCCCUGAUAAAAUGAAGUGACUUCCUACAAACAUUCAAGACACACAUACAAACACAGCAAAGGUAAUUUAAAAAAUCAUAAUAAAAAAAGUUAUUUCUCUGAAUGCCAUAAGGGAGGUCCAGAAUGCUAAAUGGACUCUCCACUUCGGGUGGUAUCGCCUUUACUCAGUAGGAGAAGUGCACUCUGGGUUUUGUAGUAAAGUCCACCCAAGAGUUGUUUCAAGGGGUUCAUCAGGAGACUAUAUUUCCCAGAAGUCCCUGGGCCAUUUGUUUGCUGACCCGCCCCCUAACUUCCGGCGUCGCUGUGUUGUCUAGACCCAAUCGAGAGGCCGAAAUUGUUCAUUCUUGACGUUCUGAUUGGUGCAUUCAACUAGACUGCCUGGGUUCAAAUUUUCAACGGUACUGAGUGAGUUCUGUGGCGGGCUUGAGGCAUUUCGUCGUCAGAGCUGAGCUGAGGCGAGGUAAGGUUCUUAAUAAGAGGAAUCUACUAGACUUCAGGAUUUCAGAAGAGGGUCUUGCUGUGCAGUUCAGAAACUGACCUGUUGAGAAACGUGAUACAAAUACUGGGAAAAGCCUGCUCUUUCGCACAAAGAGUAGGACAAUGUCACACAUUAAAAACUCUUACUCCUUUGAUGCUCCCUCGGACUUCAUCAAUUUUACAUCCUUGGAUUAUGAGGAAGAUACAGAAAACAUAGAUUCGUGGUUUGAGGAGAAAGCCAGUUUGGAGAAUAAGUUUCUUGGGAAAAAUGGGACAGGAGAGCUUUUUCAGAACAAAACUUCCUUGAGGAAAGCAAACCUUCAGCAGGCUAGUCUCACACCUUUGCGACCAGUUGAGAACACUUACUACAAAGAGGGAGAAAAUGUAAAUCUUGUGGAACAUUCUAAUUCAUCGAAUGCUUGUUGCACCCUGGAAGUUGAGGGAGCCAAAUCAAGACAUACUCCAGCCCAGCCUCAGAGGAGAUCUCUUAGACUCUCUGCUCAGAAGGAUUUGAAGAAGAAAGACAAACACCAUGUUCCCAUGAAAGCAAAGAGAUGUGCCACUUCUAUAAUCAGUGACAUUCCGCCUUCUAAAAAAAUGAGAGUUUCUCAAAACAGAAAAAAGCCAGAGGAAGAGGAAAAGGGCAAUGAUGCUCAAGAUACUUCCAAAAAGAAUAAAUGUUCCCCAGAGAAAGCCAAGGGCAGAUGUACUGUGCCUCAUGUACCAAUUAUAAAGCAAAAGGUUCUCAAAAGUACUGAGGAGCAGGAGUUGGAGAAGAGCAUGAAAAUGCAGCAAGAGGUGGCAGCAAUGCGGAGAAAGAACGAAGAGUUCAAGAAACUUGCUCUUGCAGGAGCAGGGCAACCAGUGAAGAAAUCAGUGAGCCAGGUAACCAAAGCAGUUGACUUUCACUUCUGCACAGAUGAGCGAAUCAAACAACAUCCUAAGAACCAAGAGGAGUAUAAGGAAGUAAACUUUACAGCUGAACUGCGAAAGCAUCCCCCAUCUCCUGCUCGAGUUAAGGGCUGUACUGUUAUUAAGCCUUUCAACCUGUCCCAGGGAAAGAAGAGAACAUUUGAAGAGGCUGCAUCUGCAUCUGCAUCUGCAUAUGUGCCUCUGGCACAGCAGGUAGAAGCAUUCCAUAAACAAACCCCUAACAGAUAUCAUUUGAGGAGCAAGAAGGAAGACACUAGCCUGGUAGCUUCCAGAUUUUCUGUGACCAAGAUGUCCACAAAGCCACGGACUCCUGUACUGCAAACCAGACACCGAGCAAGGCCUGUGACCUGCAAAAGUACAGCAGAACAGGAGGCUGAAGAGCUUGAGAAACUGCAGAAAUACAAAUUCAAAGCACGAGAAAUAGAUCCCAGAAUUCUUGAAGGUGGGCCCAUCUUACUGAAGAGACCACCUGUGAAACCACCCACUCAGCCUAUUGGCUUUGAUUUGGAAAUUGAGAAAAGAAUCCAGGAGCGUGAGUCAAAGAAGAAAUCAGAGGAUGAACACUUUGAAUUUCAUUCCAGACCUUGCCCUACUAAGAUCUUGGACGAUGUUGUGGGUGUUCCUGAAAAGAAGGUCCUUCCAGUCACAGUCCCCAAAUCUCCAGCCUUUGCAUUGAAGAACAGAAUCCGACUGCCCACCAAAGAAGAUGAGGAAGAGGAUGAACCAACAGUGAUAAAAGCUCAACCUGUGCCACAUUAUGGGGUGCCUUUUAAGCCCCAUCUCCCAGAGGCAAGAACUGUAGAAAUAUGCCCUUUCUCCUUUGAUUCUCGGGACAAAGAACGCCAGUUACAGAAGGAGAAGAAAGUAAAAGAGUUGCAGAAAGGGGAGGUACCCAAGUUUAAGGCACUUCCCUUACCUCAUUUUGAUAACAUUAACCUGCCAGAGAAAAAGGUAAAGAAUGUGACCCAAACUGAGCCGUUUGACUUGGAGACUGACAAGAGAGGUGCUAAGAAGGCUGAGACAUGGAAGUACCAGCUGGAGGAAGAACUGAAACAGCAGAAAGAAGCAACUUGCUUCAAGGCUCGUCCAAACACGGUCACCUCCCAGGAGCCCUUUGUUCCCAAGAAAGAGAAAAAAUCAGUUGCUGAGGGCCUUUCUGGUUCUCUAGUUCAGGAACCUUUGCAGUUGGCCACUGAGAAGAGAGCCAGGGAGCGACAGGAGCUGGAGAGGAGAAUGGCUGAGGUGGAAGCCCAGAAAGCUCAGCAGCUGGAGGAGGCCAGGCAACAGGAAGAAGAACAGAAGAAGGAGGAGCUGGCCAGGCUACGGAAAGAACUGGUACAUAAGGCAAAUCCAAUACGCAAAUACCAGUCUGUCGAGAUAAAGUCCAGCGACCAGCCUCUAACCGUGCCUGUCUCUCCUAAGUUCUCCGCGCGGUUCCACUGCUGAGCUAAGCUGUGAGCUGCAGAUACCACCUGGCAGUAGGAGCUGCUUGUUACAUCACACCAGGCACGGAGAGAACUCAUUUCUCCGGACUCAUCUACCCAUGCCUAAGAGCAUUCCGACAACUGUGGGGCCAGUUCCCUGGAGAACUGUUUUCAUACAUUUUUAGGCUAGAGUGAGACUCAACUAACUCAUCUAUGCCUUGAUGAGACUUCUUGUAGUAGUUUCCUUUAAACAUCAGUAGACCCUUAAUUAGAAUUUCAAGUCUCUGUGUCAGCACAGUGCAAUUUCUUUUUCCCUUUAUCCCUUUCCUUUAUAUAUAUGUAUAUUUUAAUCAGAAAAUAAAGAUAGUUCAAUCUUGAGGUAGGAUUUAAGUUAUGGUUUAAAUGAGGAACAGUCAGUGCAUCAGAUUCUUUCCUCUUCACACAAAAUGAGUUUACAGUUAAGAGCCUUGUGCCUGAGGGUGGAGAACCUCAGUGAGUGCUGGUCAGGAAGACCCUAUGCCUCCUGCAGACACACAGCAGCCCUGGCGGAGCUGCUGUAAGGCCCCUUCCCUCCCUGACACUGAUAAAAAUGGGGAGUGGUGCUGAGUACAUUUUAAGACCUGGCUAGGAAUAAAUACAUGUUUUCUUCUUCCUGA